UUGCGAUUGAUGAUGAAUCGCUUUUCUUACAAGUUUUUUUUGAUCAUGAAACUCAACCUUAAGAGACCAGAGAGAACAUUAGCCUAGAGAGAGCUCGCUCGUGUCUGAAAGAACAUCAAACCUCGUAUCAAAAAAGGAAAAUGGCAUUGAAGCUUAACCCUUUGGCAUCUCAGCCUUACAAACUCGCUUCCUCGGCUCGUCUGCCAAUCUCUACUUUCAGAUCUCCCAAAUUCCUCUGCCUCGCUUCCUCUUCUUCCCCUGCUCUCAGCUCCAGCACUAAGAUCGAAGAAGUUGUUUGUUGGAAGGGCUUUGAGAAAAGCUGAAAGGAUGGAGAUGCUGAAACAGAAGCACAAAGACAAUUUUGUUGUCAAGUUUAAUGUUGGUUGGUUUAAUCUGUACGUGAAGAACUUGAGUGAAGCAAUCAACGAAACAAGGCUGCUAGAGAUAUUUGGAAGCUAUGGGAAGAUAAGUCUCAGCAAAAGUGAUGCAUGAUAAAAAUGGCAAAAAUAAAGGAUUCAAUUUCAAUUUUAAAAAAAAUUAAUAUUUUUUUUUUAAGGACUCCAUCUUCAAAAACACCAUUGGACAACCUGUUUUGAUUUAAAUCCUUAACUAUUCAAACAAAAACCAAAAAAAAAAAAUAUUACUAAAAUAUUCCUAAGGAUUCAUUGGUGAACCUCACCAUUGCAUAUGCUCUAAGGGAAAGCCACUAACCGGAUAGAUAAAGUAAAGAUUUAUGGUUGAAGGUUUAGACCAGUUGUCACCAUGUUUUUGUCUCCUUUAUAUAUUCUCAGGCAUAUUCAUCCACUAACUUGCACAUCAAAUAAUACACAUCAUGGCUUCAUAAGGAAAGAUAUACAUAGAUUAUCUCCCUAUCUCACAUUACGUCAUAACAAGUAGUAAAACGACACGUGUCUCAUGCAUAGUUAUUUAUUUACUGCCAAUCUUGUUUUCUAUUUUUAGCUCUCAACACAUAAACACAAUCGCUACUCUUGUCCCAAGAUCGAUCAGAGUCUCUCCUCUGUUGCGUGGAAGAAAGAAAAGACGAUGAACAUCUUCCGAAGCCGUAAAUUCUCAGGCCUAUGCGUUCUCUCAAUCUUGCUCGUGUCAGUCACGAUCCUCCUCUUAACCAACGACACCAUCGAUCUCUUCCCUUACUUGUCUCUCUCUUACCUCCGUCGCUCUUCUCUCUCCGACGUCCCCACCUUCACACCAACCUCUAGUCCCGCCCCCGUGAACAACCCUCCACCCCCUCCGGAACCACCGGUCUCUCAGACCCGCGUCGACGAUGAUGAUGAUGAACCGGUUCAUCAAGAUUUGGAAAUGGAUUGGGUUAAAGACAAGAGUAGUUUGAAGGUGGAGUGGAAGAGAUGCGAGAGUCCAGAUUACAUGCCGUGUCUAGAUAACAUGAAAGCCAUCAAGAAACUCAAGUCUAAGAGGAACAUGGAGCACAGAGAGAGACACUGUCCUGUGCCUGCUCCUAGAUGCCUCGUUCCUUUGCCAAAACGCUACAAGGUUCCUUUGCCUUGGCCUAAGAGUAGAGACAUGAUAUGGUAUGAUAAUGCUCCUCACCCCAAGCUUGUAGACUACAAGAAAGACCAGAACUGGAUUCGUAAAACCGGACCUUUCUUUGUCUUCCCUGGAGGUGGAACUCAGUUCAAAGACGGUGUCAUUCACUACAUCAACUACAUACAAAAGACGUUACCUGUUCUUGAAUGGGGAAAGAAAGUAAGAGUGGUUCUCGACGUUGGUUGUGGCGUGGCUAGCUUUGGUGGGACAUUACUAGACAAAAACGUGAUCACAAUGUCCUUUGCUCCUAAAGACGAACACGAAGCUCAGAUUCAGUUCGCACUAGAACGUGGCAUCCCAGCUACACUAGCUGUUAUUGGAACUCAAAAGCUUCCAUUUCCUGAUAAUGCUUAUGAUGUUAUCCACUGCGCAAGAUGCAGAGUCCAUUGGCAUGGAUACGGUGGUAGACCACUUUUGGAACUUAACCGGGUUCUAAGACCUGGAGGGUUCUUUGUUUGGUCAGCUACACCGGUUUAUCAACACGAUGAAGGACACCGUAACGUUUGGAAAACUAUGGAGUCUUUGACUACAUCAAUGUGUUGGAAAGUUGUGGCGAGAACCCGGUUUACAAAAGUCGGGUUCGUGAUUUACCAGAAACCAGACUCAGAUUCUUGCUAUGGAGCCCGUAAGAACAAUGAACCACCUCUUUGUAAUGAAGAAGACACAAAGAAGAACAGUUCAUGGUACACUCCUCUGCUUAGCUGUGUACCGAAAGUACCGGUCGGUUUAACCGGAAAGUGGCCUUCCCAAUGGCCUGGAAGGUUAACCGAUAAGCCGGUUAGUCUCUUAACAGAACAGAGAAGUGAAGAGAGUUUCAGAGAAGACACAAGACGCUGGUCUGGAACCGUGUCAGAUAUCUACUUAACCGGUUUAGCUAUAAACUGGACCAAGAUUCAUAAUGUGAUGGACAUGAAUGCUGGUUAUGGAGGAUUUGCAGCUGCUCUUAUAAACAAACCUCUAUGGGUGAUGAAUGUGGUUCCUGUACAAGGUGAAGACACGUUAUCGAUGAUUUUCGAUAGAGGUUUGAUAGGGAUAUACCAUGAUUGGUGUGAGUCUUUCAACACGUACCCUAGAUCAUAUGAUCUCUUGCACUCUAGUUUCCUUCUCACCAAUUUUUCUCAAAGGUGUGAUUUGAUGGAGGUGGUAGUUGAAAUAGACAGAAUAGUGAGACCAGGAGGAUACCUUGUGGUGCAAGAUACCGUUGAAAUGAUGAAGAAGCUUAACCCUAUUCUUUUAUCUCUACGGUGGUCAACGAAUGUGUACAAAGGCAAGUUCCUUGUUGGCUUGAAGUCAUCGUGGCGUCCAUAAGCAAAAAACAUUCAUCCUCUAUAUAACAAGGAUUCAAGGAACUAUGAUUAGAAGUUGUUCAGGGAUUUUUUGUGUACGUAUUUUUCUGAUUUUUGGAAAAGUAUAGGGAAUCAAAUUGACUCGAAACAAUUUUGAUAAUGUUCUACAUAUAAUACUUCAAUAUAAUUUCAAAAUGAAUCUUAUUUCAUUCA